GGCUAAUUCCUUUUCCGCAGAUUUGCUACCCCCCUCGACAAAGAAAUCGAGCGCACUGUAAAUCGCGAGGCAUGAGUCCCGCAGCUAUCGGCUUCAAUUGUCGGCAUCUCCUGCGAAUUGUGCAGUGCAUGCGGUUCAAAUCCAUGUGCUGAUUAGCCUGAUUAAUUGCCGUGGUCCUGAAAGCAGACUGUUCACAAGUUUUCCUGCAAUGCACAGCAAGCACCAUGAAGGAUUUCCGCCCUGCCAUUCUCUCGGCCUCUCUUGGUCGUGCUUGGUUGCACGACUUCGACAAGAAAGUUGCUCAAGCUGCGAAAUAUGGAUUCGAAGGAAUUGAGAUAUUUUACGAAGAUUUGGAGCAUCUUGCCAAAGCCAGAUCGAGCACCGAAGCUCCUUCCAAAGAGCAGUUACUCGACGCUGCAGAGCACAUCCACAGUCAUUGUUCGUCGCUGGGCUUGGAGAUCAUAUCUUUGCAACCGUUUCUGUUCUACGAAGGCCUCCUUGACCGUCAGGAGCACGGUCGACUCAUUGAGAAAAUCAAAGCAUGGUUCGAAAUCGCGAAGCGCCUUGGGACUUCCACAAUCCAGAUUCCGGCAAAUUUCCUCCCAGCAGACAAAUUGUCGGAUGAUGUAGAGCUCAUCGCCUCUGAUCUUCGCGAGCUGGCUGACCUUGCACUAUUGGAAAACCCGCCUGUUCGGUUCGGCUAUGAAAGUCUCUGUUGGAGCACGCACAUCGACACAUGGGAGAAAGCAUGGGAUGUUGUCCAGCGUGUCGACAGGCCAAACUUCGGCCUCUGUCUCGACACGUUCAACAUCGCUGGCAGAGUCUGGGCUGAUCCAGCUUCACCGACAGGGAAGACACCAAACGCAGACGCGGAUCUUGAGGCGACGAUAAAGAGAAUGGUGAAAGAAAUAGAUCUUCAUAAAGUGUUUUAUAUUCAGGUCGUUGAUGCGGAACGGAUGGACUCACCAUUGGUAAAAGGACAUCCUUUCUACGUCGAAAGCCAGCCGGCACGAAUGAGCUGGUCUCGAAACGCCCGAGCAUUUGCGUAUGAAAAGGAUCGCGGUGCGUAUCUCCCAAUCGAGCCUAUCGCCAGAGCGAUCAUUGAAGGCUUGGGCUACAAAGGAUUUAUAUCCAUGGAGCUUUUCUCCAGGACUAUGGCAGAGCCGGGUGAACAUGUGCCUGAAGAGCACGCUAAACGUGGAGCAAAUUCAUGGAAGCUGUGUGUGGAAAAUUUGAACCUCAAUGGCUAGUGCAUUCGAUGACAGGU